UUGAUAUGACCUGAAAUAAUAUACGAUAAGAUGUGCGUGAUAAAAAGAUAACACAGAUAACCGUUCAAUCAGCAAUUAAUGUACACUUCAUUUAUUGUUUGCGCACAAAUAAAAUCACCGACGAAAAUAAUUUAAUUGAAUGUGUCAAUUUCAAUAUGUCUCGGAGUAGUUCAUUUUGGGUGUUACUGUUUUGCUAUAAUAUUAUGCGAGUGAGUCCACAAUGUCAAAUAGCACAAGUAUGCAUAACUGAUUAUAAUAAAAGCGACUGUGCUGGUAUUGAGGAAUUGGUACCAAAUUCCAUCGUGGAAGGGUGUUGUCCCUCGUGCACCAUCGGCGGUGGUACCCCGACGACGCAAGGUUGCAAUCCAAGUGUUUCCACUUGCUUGCCUGAUGGACGAUAUGCGCCAGUACAAUGCAAGGGCGAUCGAUUUACUGGCAGAUGUUUCUGCUCGGAUCCAAACGGAAGAAGAAUAUUCGGACAAAUGUGGAGGGACCAAGCGGAGCACAUGACGUGUGCGUGCAGUCGUAGAAGAGCUGAAAUGGAAGCAGAAGGCAAGGUCGUGACACUUCAUUGUUCAGCAAAUGGUGAUUACGAACAACUGCAAUGCGAUAGUGGGAUGUGCUGGUGUGUACAGCCCAGGAAUGGACAGCCAAUCGUGACACCUGUUCACGAGGAAGAUAUGGAACGCCUUCCAUGCUAUAGUGCAGCAGUUAUUGGAGAACGGUAUUUAAGAAAAUGCGAAAGUUUAACUGCUGCCAAUGGAUUCAUCCGGUAUGAACAGUCGACACACGGAACUAAUUUCCUUGGUAGUCCUGUCUCAACUUGUGAUUACGACGGAAGUUACGGACCAAUUCAAAUUUUGAAUGGCAUAGCUUACUGCACCGGUCGAGACGGAAAAAUAUUAGGAGCCUGGCAGACAACAGUAGCUACUAUGCAGGGAAUGAAUUGCAAUUGUGCACGAGACACCAUGAUUUUCUUCCCGGAACGAGGAAUGACAGUCACUGAAACUUGUGAAGCGAACGGGAAUUACAGAGCGCUGCAGAGCGUGGGAUCAGUGUACUACUGCGUCGAUACGGACGGUUAUCACACAGAACUACAUGACGAAAUACCACCUGGUAAUUGCCAAAGUUAUGCUGCAACGUAAACUUUUUGUAACAUUACUUUUUAAUGCCAAUAAUGGCAUGUAUGGGCAUGUAAUGUAAUAAAAUAAACAUUUUUAAUCUACACACACUAGUAUUUAACCACAAUUUGUUAAAACAAUAUUAAAAUAAUUAAUCAUGCUA